AAAAAUAAACUUAAAAUAGAUAAUUAGAGUUUAAAGAGUUAUAGAAAGUCAUCAUGUCGUUGGCUGAAAGUGCAUGCUACACACUCAUCAAUGUUCCAGACACGGAGCCUUACAAUGAAAUGCAAAUAAAGCAAGAUUUAGAAAAAGGCGAAAUAAGUUUAAAAAUUGAGACACUGAAAAAAGUUAUUCAGUUGAUGCUAAAUGGAGAACGUUUGCCAGGACUUUUGAUGACAAUUAUUCGAUUCGUGCUACCUUUGCAGAAUCAUACAAUCAAAAAGUUGCUUUUGAUAUAUUGGGAAAUAGUUCCGAAAGUAUCUGGAGAUGGAAAGCUUCUCCAAGAAAUGAUUUUGGUUUGUGAUGCUUACCGUAAGGAUCUUCAACAUCCAAAUGAAUUCUUACGUGGAUCAACAUUGCGAUUUUUGUGUAAAUUGAAAGAACCGGAACUUCUUGAACCACUUAUGCCAGCAAUUCAAGCUUGUCUUGAUCAUCGUCAUUCUUAUGUUCGACGUAAUGCUGUUUUGGCUAUUUUCACCAUCUACAAGAAUUUCGAAUGGCUCGUUCCUGAUGGACCUGAACUCAUCGCUAACUUCCUUGACACGCAACAAGAUAUGUCAUGUAAACGCAACGCUUUUCUUAUGUUACUUCAUGCUGAUCAAGAAAGAGCAUUGAACUAUUUGGCUUCUUGUUUGGAUCAAGUUCAUAGCUUUGGCGACAUUUUGCAAUUGGUAAUUGUUGAACUUAUAUAUAAAGUUUGUCACACAAAUCCAGCUGAACGUUCACGAUUCAUUCGGUGCAUUUACAAUCUUUUGAAUUCCAAUUCGAAUGCUGUUCGAUAUGAAGCUGCUGGCACUUUGGUUACACUUUCAACAGCACCUACUGCAAUUAAAGCAGCUGUUGGUUGCUACAUUGAAUUGGUCAUUAAAGAAGCUGACAAUAAUGUGAAACUUAUUGUUUUGGAUCGUUUAAUUGCAUUGAAAGAAAAUGAACACAUGGAACGUGUCAUGCAAGAUUUAGUGAUGGAUAUUUUGAGAAUUUUAGCUUCAACUGACAUUGAAGUUCGACGCAAGACUCUCACAUUAGCCAUGGAUUUAGUGUCGUCGCGAAACAUUGAAGAAAUGGUUCUUGUGUUGAAGAAAGAAGUGACAAAGACGCACAACAUUGAACACGAAGAUACGGGAAAGUAUCGACAAUUACUCGUCCGUACACUUCAUACUUGCAGCAUUAAAUUUCCUGAUGUAGCACAAGCGAUUAUCCCAGCAUUAGUCGAAUUCCUAUCAGACACAAACGAACUUGCAUCAGCUGAUGUUCUCAUUUUCAUUCGUGAAGCAAUCGAGAAAUUUCCAUCACUUCGUUCAUUGAUUGUUGAAAAGUUACUCGAAGCAUUCCCAGCUAUCAAGUCAACAAAGAUUCAUCGUUCAGCUAUGUGGAUUUUAGGAGAAUAUGCUGCAAGUGCUAAAGAAGUUAUUGAAGUAUUUGAUGUCAUUCAACAAACUUUGGGCGAAGUUCCAAUUGUUGAAAUUGAACAGAAGAAAUUAAAAGCGGAAUCUAAUUCAGAGAAUGAACAACAAAAUGGAACCACCGGUGCACCAACAAUCACAACAACCACCAAAAUAACAUCAGAUGGAACUUAUGCGACACAAAGUGCUUUUAGUGUUCCGAUUGUUCCGAAGAAAGAGAAUCGACCACCGUUGAGACAAUAUUUAAUGGACGGGGAAUUCUUUAUUGGCACAACACUUGCUGCAACUUUAACGAAAUUGGUUCUUAAGUAUCUCGAUUGGGAAGAUAAUGUCAUUGAGCGUAAUCGCGUGUGCACAACAGCAAUGCUUAUCAUGAGCUCAAUUAUGCAUUUGGGAAAGUCGGGAUUCCCGAAGAAACAAAUCACCAACGACGAUCUUGAUCGAAUCUUUUUAUGUUUAAAGACUUUAAGUGAAAGAACUCCGGAAAUAAUCACUGUUUUCAAAUCAGCAUGUCGUGAAGCGUUAGCUGACAUGUUGAGUGCUCAAACAGAAGAAGAACUACAAGAGAAGAGAAAUAAAAAGAAACAAGCUGCAAAAGUGCAAGCUGAUGAUCCCAUUUCAUUCACACAAUUAGCAUCGAAUCGUAAUGAUCAAUUGGGUGAAAAUGUAUUUGAAUCGAGCUUAAGUCAAGCAUUGGAUGGAACGAAAUCAACAGCAAUGUCUGAUGUUGCUGUUCCGAGCAGUAAAUUAAAUAAAAUCACGCAACUUACAGGCUUUUCCGAUCCCGUUUAUGCUGAAGCUUACGUUACUGUCAAUCAAUUUGACAUCCUUAUUGACGUUUUGAUCGUUAACCAAACAAGUGACACUUUGCAGAAUUGCACAUUGGAACUUGCAACUGUCGGUGACUUGAAACUCGUUGAACGACCACAGCCGGUUGUAUUAGCUCCUCAUGACUUCUGCAAUAUUAAAGCGAAUGUUAAAGUUUCGUCGACUGAAAAUGGAAUAAUUUUUGGAAAUAUUGUUUAUGAUACGUCGACCACAACAAAUGUUGUCGUUUUAAAUACAAUUCAUAUUGAUAUCAUGGACUAUAUAAUUCCUGCUUCAUGUUCCGAUGCCGAGUUCCGAACAAUGUGGGUGGAGUUUGAAUGGGAAAAUAAAGUAGCAGUGAAUACAACAAUCACCGAUCUUCAUGAAUAUCUUCGUGUUCUUUUAAAGAGUACGAACAUGAAAUGUUUGACACCAGAAAAAGCACUUUCAGGACAAUGUGGAUUUAUGGCUGCAAAUAUGUAUGCAAGAUCGAUAUUUGGGGAAGAUGCUUUAGCUAAUCUUAGCAUUGAGAAGCCUUUGGAUAGCGCUGAAGCACCAGUUACUGGUCAUAUUCGUAUUCGUGCAAAGAGUCAGGGUAUGGCUCUAAGCUUGGGAGAUAAAAUCAACCAUUCUCAAAAAAAUCUCCUUCAAGAUAAAGUUCUUGCGGCUUAAUCAAUUACAUUUAAUGUUUCUGUCUCUUCUUUCUUCUAAUUAUAUACCUAUUCAGAAUAGUUUUUAGGAAAUAUACAUAUUUUAUUUUGUCUCCAAUUGUAAUUGAAUUUAACAUUCGUUAAUAAAAUAUGAAAAUUACUUUAAAGAAA